AAGAAACGUCAAACGGUCUUGGCGUGCUACAAAAAUUUGUUUACGUGCAUUUGCUGCUCAGGUUUUUUGUUGUUUAGAAUUAUGUUUUGUGAAUGAAAACUUUGCAAAAUCCAUGGUCACGUUUAACCGCUAUCUUGGAGGGACAAGGAUCGUGUAAAGUGAUACAAAUUUGUGUGCGAAACACGAUUAUUCGUGGCUUUUGGUUUCUUCAUCUUGUGGGAGUGAAAAGCAGCGCAUAUAAAAAAGAGGUGUUCCACCCUUUUUCCCCACCAAGCAGCAGCACAUUCCGGAGGAGUCGAAGUAAUAUCAACUAAAACGAUGGCCCACAGUUGGAUGUUUUGCAUGAAGAUACAACAAGUGACUACGUAACCCUUGGGUCGAUAAAGUAGGUCGCAGUAGGCGCACGUUGGCUAUACUGGAUCAGGAGAACCGCGUGAAAGCAAGCAAGCGAUGAGACGAUAGAUUUUGUGUACCGUUUUGAUUGCACGAUUACGGUUCGUGUGUUCCUGUUAGUUCUAUUUCGUAAACCACGCUGCCCCUCGGUUCUGAUGGAAUAGUAGUAAUUCCACCCAACCGACGUCUCUGUGAAUCAUACGAAACGUUUGUGUCUGUGUGUUUGGGUUUUGUGUCUCUGUAUCGCGCAUCCUCCGACAGUUCAAACGGUGAGCGGACGACUGUCAGCCACAUCCGUCUACCCGGACCGAAAGAAGAAACCCGUACCGGAACCUGACCUGCACACGCGAUCGCCCCAUCCUGCAACCAUGACCAGCAAUCGUAACCGAACACCGACCGGGCAGAUACGGGACGAUUUUCUGCUCGAAACCAACUUCGAUGACGAUGGUGCCCUUACCCGUGCCUACAACACACUACCCCAGCAACAGGCAGCCCUUAACAGUGGUUUGCAACGGCGUAGCCUUCCUUAUCGUUCGAACUUAUCGGUGGAUCGAUAUUCGGAGACGACUCUACACGGCAAACCACCGCGGAAAGGUGGAUGCUGCAAGUCAUGUGUGACGCGGAUACCGUACGCGACACUGAUCGCGACGGUCAUGUGCCUUAUCGGAGUCGGAGUGUUCUGCGGUACCAUGUUCCGUGGCACCUCGCUGGCCAUCAUCAUGCUCGAUCAAGUGUUUCAUCUGCGGCUACCCUGGAUCGAGGCGGUUCAGAUCAUCUUCGUCGUGAUCGGUGCCACGAUGGGUGCGCUCGGGCUAAUGAUCUUGUUUGUGGGCUUCCUGGCAACGGGUGCCACCCGCCACAAGGUGUACCGUGCGUGGGGCUCACGCGUCGGUGGUCGCAUAUCGUGUGCCGUCUUUAUGGCCAUCUCGUACGUGCUUAACAUUGCGUGGAUCCUGAUCCUUUGCUUUCUGUCCAUCGUUACGUUUGUGUUUACCGUGUUCUGGAACAUGUGCGCCAACACGAACGUGCAGACACAUCGGGACUGUAUCGAUCUGACGCAGUUUUACUUUAUGUUCCCCGCCGGAGUAAAGCAAGAGGACAUGAAAAUAUGCGAACCGGCCAAGGUGAAAGCAUUCUGCAAAGAUGGUGUGGAAAAGUGUGAAAUCAUGUUCAUCUUAGCAACGGUAUCCUGUCUGCUGAUCAUACUCAGCUUUGUGCAUUAUUUGAUGUGCCUCGCUGCGAACUAUGCGCACAUUCGGGAUCACGAGAAGUUCCAGGAGCUGCAGGAAAUGCAAAACCUCACCGAGAUGGAGUACAGUGCGGCGUCGAAGGAUCGGUUCUAGGAUACGGCCCAGGAGAUCUACAUUGAGCACAGCACAUGAGGGUGACCCCACAUCCAGCCCACCGGAUAUGGUGCUGUACGACCAGCUUACGUUUAAAUUUGCCCACUUCAUUCCCGACGGUGAUGUUGGAGGCCAACAAGCGUGUGGUAGCAUCGCACAAGCUAUCCUUUAACGAAAUUUGAUGCUUUAGUUUUCAAUCCGCCCCGUGUUACGAUCGUGUUAAGUUAAGUUUACGUACUCGGUUCGAUCCUUCGGACGAGUUAAGAUUCGAAAUUUGGUUCACCACUGUGUGGAUAGAUUAGAUUAAUUUUAAAGCUCUGGCACUGCCCCGCAGCAGUUAAUAUUCUUCGCAUUUCCGUUAUAAAGUGUGAGUUUGAGUAACCGGUGAUUUGUCCGAUACGGUCACACGCACGCAUACCUUUCGUUUGUGUUAGUUGCAUACAUUUUUGUUACUUUACAAUCCGUCCAAGAAUGAAGCGAGUGUCUUCAUGGUUUCGUAUUUUGUUCGGAGCACUUUCCUUUUCCAUGCUAUCGUUUCGGUUUAUCGUAUGCUACUGCCCCCCCUUUGUAUCGCUAACGGUUUAAACUAAUAGGCUCAGUAUGUUUUGCCCAAUUUAGAUACUCCUGGUUCGUAGCGUAGCAGUACAGGUUAGCGUUAAGUGACAACGACAUUACGACAAUGACUCAGAGAAAUGCACAACUUUUGCGUAGCCGGAUUUUUAGUGUAUUGCAGUGGUAUGCGCACAGAGAUAGUAUACACACAGAGACAGUGGUCUGUGUGUUUAGUCCUUUCCCUGAGCAAGAAAAUACCACACUCCCGUAAAAAAGUCUGACGAAGUAACAAUAAGCAAACACAAACGUCUAUAUUGCACAUAUACAAUGCAGCGUGUCAUUGAGAGGAAGUGCUCAAAAGUGUGUUCAAUCUAUACAUUACUAUUGCUUACUUAUAAUCACUUCCGUUUCGGCCUAGGUGUUGGUGUUGAAACCACUAACAAAUACCCGGUCCUUGGCAAUAGUAAUAAGAGACAUAUCGAUCGCAGGAAAGGAUGAGACAUAUUGACAUUUUGACACCAGUUAGAUGGCAAAUUGCAAAAAAAAAACCACACACACACACAUAAAACUCCAGCUUUACCUCGAAAGUAAAGAAAUGAAACAUUAUACAUUCCAGUGUGAUAAACUUAGCGGAAAUGGUAAGCAAAAGUGGUGCGAAAACCAUUCAAAACCGACAUACAGUACUGUGUACAGCCGAACAAAACAUAA